GGGAGAAGGGAGGGACCAAAGGAGAGCGAGAGAGGGCUCGCGAUCCAGUUCGCCGACUAAGCAGAAGAAAGAUCAAAAAACGGAAAAGAGGGGACGAGCGAACAGGCGCUUUCAAGAACAAUCCCCUCAUCUCCAAGCGGACAGCGCUCUAGGAAUCCAAAUUCAGUGCCUACCGAAGACAAAGGCGCCCCGAGGGAGUGGCGGCGCGACCCCAGGGCCCCGCCGCGGAGCCCACACGGCCCGGCUGCCCGGACGGUCGCGGACCAUGUCUCCCGCGCCACGACCCGCCUGCAGUCUGCUGCUCCCCCUGUUCACGCUCGCCACCGCGCUCGCCUCCCUCAGCUCGGCCCAGAGCAACUUCAGCCCCGAAGCCUGGCUGCAGCAGUAUGGCUACCUGCCCCCUGGGGACCUGCGUACCCACACACAGCGCUCGCCUCAGUCACUCUCAGCUGCCAUCGCUGCCAUGCAGAGGUUCUAUGGUCUGCGAGUAACGGGCAAGGCUGAUGCAGACACCAUGAAGGCCAUGAGGCGCCCCCGCUGUGGUGUUCCAGACAAAUUUGGGGCUGAGAUCAAGGCCAAUGUUCGAAGGAAGCGAUAUGCCAUCCAGGGCCUCAAAUGGCAGCACAAUGAGAUCACUUUCUGCAUCCAGAAUUACACCCCCAAGGUGGGUGAGUAUGCCACAUUCGAGGCCAUCCGCAAGGCAUUCCGCGUGUGGGAGAGUGCCACACCGCUGCGCUUCCGAGAGGUACCCUAUGCCUACAUCCGCGAGGGCCAUGAGAAGCAGGCUGACAUCAUGAUCUUCUUCGCUGAGGGUUUCCAUGGUGACAGCACACCCUUUGAUGGCGAGGGCGGCUUCCUCGCGCACGCCUACUUCCCAGGCCCCAACAUUGGAGGGGACACCCACUUUGACUCUGCUGAGCCUUGGACUGUCCGGAAUGAGGACCUGAAUGGGAAUGACAUCUUUCUGGUGGCUGUGCAUGAGCUGGGCCAUGCCCUGGGCCUCGAGCAUUCCAAUGAUCCCUCUGCCAUCAUGGCGCCCUUUUACCAGUGGAUGGACACAGAGAACUUCGUGCUGCCUGAUGAUGACCGCCGUGGCAUCCAGCAACUUUAUGGGAGUGAGUCAGGGUCCCCAACCAAGAUGCCCCCUCAACCCAGGACCACCUCCAGGCCCUCUGUCCCUGAUAAGCCCAAAAACCCCACCUACGGGCCCAACAUCUGUGACGGGAACUUUGACACCGUGGCCGUGCUCCGAGGGGAGAUGUUUGUCUUCAAGGAGCGCUGGUUCUGGCGGGUGAGGAAUAACCAAGUGAUGGAUGGAUACCCAAUGCCCAUUGGCCAAUUCUGGCGAGGCCUGCCUGCGUCCAUCAACACUGCCUAUGAGAGGAAGGAUGGCAAAUUUGUCUUCUUCAAAGGAGAUAAGCACUGGGUGUUUGAUGAAGCUUCCCUGGAACCUGGCUACCCUAAGCACAUCAAGGAGCUGGGCCGAGGACUGCCUACUGACAAGAUUGAUGCUGCUCUUUUCUGGAUGCCCAAUGGAAAGACCUACUUCUUCCGGGGAAACAAGUACUACCGUUUCAACGAGGAGCUCAGGGCAGUGGACAGCGAGUACCCCAAAAACAUCAAGGUCUGGGAAGGAAUCCCUGAGUCUCCCAGAGGGUCAUUCAUGGGCAGCGAUGAAGUCUUCACUUACUUCUACAAGGGGAACAAAUAUUGGAAAUUCAACAACCAGAAGCUGAAGGUAGAACCGGGCUACCCCAAGUCAGCCCUGCGGGACUGGAUGGGCUGCCCGUCGUCAGGGGGCCGGCCGGAUGAGGGGACUGAGGAGGAGACGGAGGUGAUCAUCAUCGAGGUGGACGAGGAGGGCAGUGGGGCAGUGAGCGCAGCCGCCGUGGUGCUGCCUGUGCUGUUGCUGCUCCUGGUGCUGGCAGUGGGCCUCGCGGUCUUCUUCUUCAGACGUCAUGGGACCCCCAAGCGACUGCUCUAUUGCCAGCGUUCUCUGCUGGACAAGGUCUGACCCCCACCGCCGCCCGCCCACUCCUACCACAAGGACUUUGCCUCUGAAGGCCAGUGGCAGCAGGUGGUGGUGGGUGGGCUGCUCCCACCCGUCCCAAGCCCCUUCCCCUUCGCCCCUGCCUUCCUUCUUCUCUGUCCUGUGACUGGCCUCUCCCACCCUCAACCGUGCCGUUGCUUCGUCCCUAGAAGGGUCCCCUGGGGGCUGAGCAGGGGCUGCCCCUUCCAGCCCCUGCCCCUCAGGGGCCCCUUUAGCUUGGUGUGUGUCCAGCCCCAUCUGAAUGUCUUGGCUCUGCACUUGAAGGCAGGACCCUCAGACCUCGCUGGUAAAGGUCAAAUGGGGUCAUCUGCUCCUUUUCCAUUCCGUGACAUACCUUUAACCUCUGAACUCUGACCUCAGGAGGCUCAGGCAAGCCCCCAGGUGUACUCAAUUGGCAGCCUCCACCACUCUUUCUGGCUAAAAGAAAUCUAAUCUUGUUGUGGGGGGAGACCCUGAGAGAGUGUGAGGGGGUGGGGGCUGCACAGCCACCCAAGACCUUGGGAGGAAAGCUCAGAGAGGGUCAGCCCUCUGCACAAAGAUCUGCCUCUGUCCCACCUGCCCCCGAGACCUUCCACAGAAGGAGUCUGAGCCAUUAAGGACUAAACUGGGGCUGGAGAAACCCUUGACAGCCCCACCGUCCCAAAUGUUAGCCUUGGAUGGGGAUGUUGAGGUUGGAAGAGCUGAGACCAGGGGUGCAGCUACCGGGGUGGGGUGAGACCAAAAAGAGAGAAUCAGUUCCGAGCCCUGGGAGUGAGCUUGAAGGCCACAAAGAACCUUGCUCAAAUGCAGGCAGCUGGGGCAGGGACCCAGGGGCAGAGCGGUCAGAGGGGACAGGACAGGACCAAAAGGUAAACAAAGGAGGUACAGUAGGAGUGGACAGCUGGGGGCCAGGCAGGCAGGCCAGCAGGGACGACACAGGGUGGGCUGUGGUACCUGGGG